AUGGUCAAGUACUUAGGGAAAUCUAUUCCUAAAUUGAGUAAGAAUUGUGCACCUUUUAGGAAUCUUACUAAUAAGAAUGUUGAAUUUAAAUGGAGUGGUGAGCAUAGUGAAGCAAUUAAGUCGUUAAAAAAAUCUUUAGUGGAAUCCCCAGUUUUAAAGAACUUUGAUACUAGAAGGCUCAUUUUAAUUCAAACGGAAGCAUCUAAAGAUGGCAUUGAUUCUGUACUACUUCAUGUUAUUGCUUAUGCAUCCAAAAGUUUGACCCUUACAGACCAAAGGUAUGCCCAAAUACAGAAGGAAAUAUUGGCCAUCACCUUUGCGUGUAAAAAAUGUCAUCAAUUUAUUUUUGGUAAACGCGUAACGAUUCAAUCUGAUCAUAAACCCUUAGAAAGUACAACGAAGAAAGACCUGCAUAAAGUAACAAUGCGCUUAUAGCGCAUGCUCCUAAAACUUCUUAAAUAUGACCCGGAAGUAGUGUAUACUCCGGACAAAGAUAUGUUUAUAGCAGACACGUUGUCGAGAGAUUUUCUUGAGACUAAAGAAUAAAAAGAUUCAGACCAGGAUGUGAAGGUACAUGAGUUGAUGUUGGCUCUGACGAUGUCAGAUGAGAAAAAGGCGUUAUUUUGCGAAGAGACAUGCAAGGAUAGAGUUUUGUAGUUGCUAAAUAAGCUGUGCAAUGAGGGGCGGCCUGAUAAAAAAAACAGAAGUACCUUCUGAAUUAUAGUUUUAUUUUAAGCUGAGAGAAGAAUUAACAGUGGGUAAUAACAUUGUAUUUUUUAACAAAAACAAUUACAGUACCAGAAUCCUCGAGGAAGUCUAUGUUAGAAGUUGUACAUGAAGGUUACUGGGGAGUCACCAAGUGCAAGGCGAGAACAAGAGAGUGUUUAUACUGGCCAGGGUUAAGUGCAGAUAUAACGAAUAGAAUAUUAUUAUGCUUUGUAUGCACAAAAUGACGACCCAGUAAGCCAAAAGAACCACUGUUGUCACAUAAUAUCCCAGAUUGAUCUUUUGAAAGGCUAGCAGCCGAUAUCUUUGAAUUCAAGCAAUGUGCAUUCUUAGUAGUAGCUGAUUAUUGUUCAAAAUGAAUCGAGUUAGUCUCUAAUAAAGUAACUCAAGCUGUGAUAGACAAACUUCAGUUAAUUUGUUCAUGUUUUGGGAUUCCAGACACACUAGUCUUAGAUAAUGUACCUUUAAAUAGUAAAGAAUUAAGGCAAUUUGCUAUUGAUUAGAAUUUUAUUGUAAUCACCUCCAGUCUAAAUUAUCCUCAAUCCAAAGGGUUAGCAGAAAAGUUUGUGGGUGUGUGUAAAAAAUUACUGAACAAAUGUUCAGUAACAGGGCAGUUACCGUGCGAGUCGUUUUUGUACCGUAACACUCCUAUUGAAGGUAUCCAUCUAUCCCCAUCGGAGCUGCUGAUGUCGAAAAAAAUUAAAGGAUAAACUACCUGUUGUGGCAGAGGUGCUUAAACCCGAAAAAUAUGAAGACUAUGAGGUAAAGUGCAAGUUGAAAAAUAAACAAAAAUUAUCAGCUAAAUAUUACAAUUUGCCUACUAGGCCUUGUGAAAAAUUUGAAGUCAACCAGUUAAUAUUGUUUCUGAAAGACAAUAAAUGGUUUUUAGGUAGAGUAACCAUGAAAGCAAGUGUUUCUAGGUCAUAUAUCGUAGAGGAUGCAUUGGGGAAUACAUAUAAGAGAACUUCUAAGCAUCUCAAACUUUGAUACUUUAGUGAAGAAGAGUAUGCGGAUAAACAAAGAGAAUAGAGGUGAUUAAAUGUUGAAAGAAAAUAUAACAGCACUCACUGUCUUUGUCACCCCCAACACUUCUCAAAAACCUAAAAUAAAUAAAAAAAUAAUUAAGCAUAAAGAUUUCUUGUAUU